AUGGUGCAUGCCAUGGAGAGCCUCGCUAAGGAUACCGCGCUGCGGUGCGAGGAAGGCGGCGAGGGGGCCGCGGAGGCCCGGGAGCUGCGCCGCAGGGUGCUGAGCGAGCUCGGCCGCGCCGCGCGGCACCAGGCCACCGGAGACGAGGCCGCGGAGGGCCUGUUCCGGGCCCUCUGCGGGGCCGCCUGCCACGUGGACGACGCCGCCCUGCCGACGCUGCUGUACACGGACUGCCACCUGCAGGAGCUGCUCUCCGCUCGGCCGCCGCUGCGGGCCGUGUGGGUGGACUGGCUGGUGUCCCGGUUCUCGGAGGGGGCGCGCGAGACGCUGGUGCUGCGCCUGCUGGCGGACUUCCCCGACAGCGCCGCCGCCGCGGCGGCGCCCCCGGAGCGGUCCGCCCUCGGGGCGCUGCUGCGUCUGCCGCCCUGGGCCGGCCGGACGCCGCGGUCCGCCCUCUGA